AUGGAAGAACUAAUACCUUUGGACAUCUCUAACGGAGCUAUUACACAAAAAUUCAAAGAAGAGACUAACGUGGAAGUUGAAACUGCCAAAGGGUUAAGGAACGUAAACGAAGGAAAGAAAGCUCAAUUUAUAUUGAAUUCAUUAUUACAAUAUUUUCUCAGCUUCAUAUGUAUAAUCCUCUUCAUUCAAGGCUGUCUAAUCCUGGUAACGACUCAGUUCAUUACGAAGAAAAUUUAUUUUCAAAACUCAAUACAUGCAAAGACAAAUUUACAAAUUGUAUUAAACCAAACUAAGAGGUCAUUCAUAAUCUUACUCUUAUCAAUCUUAUCAAUAAUUUCUCCAACAAAAAUUAGAAUAACCACAGAUAAUAGAACAAUGGAUCCAAAUUCAAUAUUUCUUAAAGAUAAUGGUGAGCCUCUAGGAGCUUUACAAAUGAAUUCAAUCAUUAUUUCCAAUCAUCAACUUUAUAUUGAUUGGAUUAUAAUUUGGUGGAUGGCCCAUAUCUCAAAUCUGUCAACUAAUUUCUUCAUCAUUUUGAAAAAAUCUUUACAAAAUUUACCAAUAUUAGGGUAUGGUAUGAACAAUUUUAGAUUCAUCUUCAUGAAUAGGAAAUGGAAAUUAGAUCAAUCAUAUCUUAAAGAACAAUUAUAUCAAAUUAAUCAUAACGCUAUGAUGAUGACUCCCAUCCCUAAUGGUAAAAAAAAUGAAAUAGAAAAAAAGAUAAUCAAUAAAGAUUCUGAUCCAUGGGGUUAUAAUCUUCUAAUAUUUCCUGAAGGUACCAAUUUAUGUUCAAACGGUAUUAAGAAAAACUUACAAUAUUGUCAUAUGAUUAAUAAAAAACCUUUUAAAAAUGUGCUAUUACCACAUAUAACAGGAUUAAAAUUUAUGAUUGAGAAUUUAAAUCCAUCAUUAACUUGUUUAUACGAUUUCACAAUUGGUUAUUCUGGGAUUAAUGGUAAAAAUGGUGAUCAUGAAUUCGCUGAUACUUUAUAUUCUUUAAAAAAUAUUUUCUUAAAGGGGAAGGGUCCUAGAAUGAUAGAUAUUUAUAUAAGAUCUUACAAAAUAAAUCAAAUUCCAAUCAAUAAUGUUGAAAAUUUCCAAAAUUGGUUAUUUAAUCUAUGGCAGGAAAAGGAUGCACUAUUAACUAAAUACUAUCAAAUCGGGUCCUUUCAGGAUUUUAAUAAUGAAAAUACUACUACAACUUUAAUUAAUAAUGGGAUUGAUAUGAAUCCUAAUGAAUUUGCAUCAGCUGUAUUCGUACCAUUCGGAUUAAGCAUUUUCAUCAUCGUGGCAUACUGGUUUGCAUUUUAA